AUGUCUGCUGCCUCUUCUUCUUCGAGCGAACCACCACAACCACCACAGAGUCGAUUUUCAUUCCAACAUUUCGACCAAGAAUGUGAUUUCGGUGUAGAAAAUGCAAAUGGCGAGAGAGUUAGAAAAAGAAAGAAGCCUGGAAGAAAGCCUAACCCACCUACGAUUCAAGAGAGAAGAGCUCAAAACAGAGCUGCUCAGAAAGCAUUUCGGGAGCGAGAACAGCAAAGAAGAGAAGAGAAAGAAAAGCAGUGGAGAGAUUACAGCGAGGAAAUCAAGAGCCUGAAGAAGCAAUUAGCAUCUGUUCAGUACGAAGCGAAAUACUUGAAAGCAUGUGUGCUUCAUUUGACCUUGGCAUGUCUCAUUCAUCGCGGAUCGGUUCCCCACAUUUGGACUGAAUCUCGCAUCAUCCCCAGCAACAGCCAUGGUGAAUACAAAAAGCCAGUGUAUGAGCCUUAUGGACAACACAUUGUGAAUGAAGCCUAUCAGACACCUGCACUUCUGGAUAUGAUUCUCGAAAAUCAAUGUAUUGUGGAUUUUAACAAGGCUCUUUUCAAUACAUCGCAACUCAAUGCCUUUGAAAAUCAAAAGAAGAAGACAGACAACAACAACAGCACGGAUGUCAGCUCAACAUCGUAUCAAAGUUACGUAUCUCAAGACAUCAUUACUAUCAACAAGAAUUCCCAGGAACCUAAAAAGAGCUUCCCUAGAGCCAAAAAGCAGAAAUUUAACCCAAACCGAUCGCCAUCGCCAUUGGAACCACCAGCAGCAACGCCUCAAACAUCACUGCCAUCACCACCUACAAAACACGCAAGACGGGAUAGAUAUUUUUCAUCACCGACUUUUUCAGCAAUGGAUGAGCAUGCAAGUUCAUCACCUACCAAUAGUACAGCGAACGAGGAAAGCAACAGCAUUUCCUCACAAAGCAAUCAAGUAUUGGCGGUCAAUCGUAAGCCUGUGGUAGGCGUAUUGCUUGAACCACCUGUGCUUAGAACUUCUGAGGAUAUCAUCAAUAUGCCAACAUUGCAAGCUCUACACAUUUUGCGACUUCAAUUGAAACUUGGCAGUAUUCUUGGCAGUAUGACACCAGCUGCUUUAUUACCGACUGCAUUACAAAGAGUGAUUCCUCAUGAUAUUCGCAUCGACUAUGUGCCAGGAGCCUCCAUCAGAGACCGAAUGAUUAUAUUCCAGGACUACUACAAUAUGGACGAUUGCUUUCAAUUUCUAACACAAAAUACUGUAUUUAUGGGCGGCGAUGUGCGAGAUACCAGAAAUUGGGUGAUUGAUCCAGAAUACUCGCUGAAAUUUUGGUUUUUAUCUCAUCAAUUGGUGGAUCAAAGCUAUAAUGAGUGCCUUGACAUUACUACAAGCGGUAUACUGCAUGAGGAAUUGUGCAAGGACGAUGAUUCUUCAAGCGAAGCGGAAGACAUGGAGGCGAUCAUCACCUCAUCAACCACAAUGGAUCCUACAGCCAGGGAAACUUAUCAACAAACCGCAAAUAUACCUAUAAUGAGUAAUGGCAACAACGCAAUUGAUCCCAAGCAGCAUCAAAAUGUGUAUUUUCGAGAAAUGUAA